CUUUGCCCGGUGCUGUGGGGGUCCCACGGCGGAGAUGCUCGCUGUGCCGUGUCCGGAGUGGCUCCAGCCCCCGGGGGGAGCUCAGACCUGCCGGCUGGAAUUAGCCAUACCGCAGCAUCCCCCGGCACAGCCGCUCCGUGCCCAGCCGGCGCCGCAGAACUGGAGACGUUGUCGGGGUUUAGCCGGGGGCAGCCGGGAGAGGGGCGAUCACAUGCUCUCCUGCCCGGGAUUAGACGUGGCUGGCUGUGCUGGGGAGUCGUGACGGGGAGCUUUGCUGGGGAGCCGUGCCGGCCACCGGCACUCUGAGGCCAUGGCCCUGGGCAACCGGAGCCGGCCGCGGCAGCCCUGAGGGCUCGGCGGGGAUGGGUGGCCCCGGAUGAUGUCCUACCUCCAGCCUCCUGGCCGCGACCCGGAGCGCUUUGAUGGGCUGUCUCUCAUUUACUGGACACUCAUGGGACCAUACGGGAUGGACCGAACCGUGCAUUGCUUUGAUUUCUGUGACUGUGCAAACGGGCUGGGUAUUAAGGUAAUUGGUGGCAUCAAGGAACUUACUGGAGAAGAAUAUGGAGUUUAUGUCAAAAGGAUCCUUCCAGGGGGUGUUGCUUACGCAGACGGGCGCCUGCAGCCAGGAGACCAGAUCCUGGAGGUCAACGGAGAUUCCUUAAUUGGAGUUACAAGCGAGAGGGCUGUGGACAUCUUGAGGACGGCGUCGGCCACCAGCCACAUGCGUCUUCUUAUAGCCCGCGAUGACGAUGCCAGGAGAGAGUUCUCUGAGCUGCUGGAGAAGUUCGGCUCCCAGAGCAAUACGGGCUCAGCGCGGAGCUCGCCGAUCCUGCACGGCGGCAGUCGAUACCUGGAAAGUACAUCCUCGGGCUCCUCCUCGCGCUCUCAGAGCCCACUGCUGCUGAGCCCCGCCAAUUCCCACAGCCCCAUCAUCGGGAACCCGGCGCAGCCCCCCCACGCACACUACUCCAUUGAAUCAGGAAUCCAGAGCAUUUCUAUAGCAAAAUCCUCCGGCUUAGGGCUGACAAUCAGUGGUGGAUCUAACAGGCCUGAUGGCCCCAUGAUUUAUGUCCAAGAGCUUAUGCCAGAUGGUGACUGUUACAAGGAUGGCCGGCUCCGCCCUGGUGACCAACUAAUUGCUAUCAAUAAAGAUUCUUUGGUGGGUAGCACACACGAAGAGGCCAGAAAAAUAAUUGCAAAAGCCAAAUUCAGACGCGAGGGAAACACAGAAGUGGCCUUUAUUCCUGGAAGGGGACGGUUACAUCCUGGACUGUCAGCUCAUAACAACAUCUCGUCGCCACCUCCAAAGGCUGUGGGAAACGGUCUGAGUUCCUGCAGACUGAAGGUCCAUGUGAGGUCUCCAGAGAAUAGACGUGAAAAUCAUUUUCCUGUGCCUUCUUUGUCACCGGACAUUUGCCCACCAGAGCUUACCAUCUCAGCACCUGCUUCAGCAUCUAAUCAUAAAGCAGCUUCAGGCACCAAACCAAAAGUAGCGUUGGAUCCCCAUGUCCGGCUCAAGGAUGGGAAACUGGAGCUGGUUCUGCAGUAUCUUGGUCUGGAUGUGACUGAGGAGAAGAAGAGGCAGUUACGGCAAAGCUUGACCACAGACUCGCAGGGGACGGUGGCCUACGGAGAUCUUCUCCAAGCACUCAGGGAUCUGAUGCAGGAGGAGCUGGACCAGGCUGGUCUGGAUUCCAGCUCCAUGCUCUUCACGCAGCACGAAGUGGCCAGUUUGCUGGAUACAUCGGCUUUUCACUCUCCGACCUUCGACUCUCUCAGCUGUAAUGGCAACGAGGAGCUGGAGCAGCUGCAACUGGAAAUGAUGGAUCUGCGGCAAGAAGUCCGAAGGCUAAAGUCUCUCCUGAAAGAGGUGGAGAACAGCAAGAAGUCAAUGGAAGAUGAGCUUCAGAGACUGAACCAGAAAGCACUGGGGUUCCUCUUCGAGAACCGAACGCUGCACAGCAAACUGCAAAUGGCAGAGGUUGUGCAGAAACAGGCUCACAGCGCGGAACAGGACUAUGAGGAAGUGAUCCACUUGCUGGAAGCUGAAAUUGCAGAACUGAAGAUGCAGUUGGCAGGGAAGAAAGCAAAACACGUCUCUGAAAUAGAGGAGGACAUCCUGGAACUGAAAAGACAGUUGUCCCUGGCUGACGGCCAGUUACGAAAAUCAGAAGUCUCACGGAAGCGCCUGGAGAUCUGCAAUAGGAAACUGCUCCUGUUUGUGCAGAACGUUCACAAGGUCCUGAGCACACCCAGUCAUUUACCAGAUGGGAAAAGAGUCAACAGUGAAACAGAAGAGGAUAAAACAGACGCAGUCUCAGAUACAUCUCUUCCAUCUUCAGAUCUUGUUGACCUUUUGCUAUCAGAAGCUAAAGAACUGCUAGCGCCAAUCCUCUCCAACAAGGACGCUUUGCCAUCUGACAGGGACCAGUGCCUGCCUGCUGAAGGAAACCCAAAUUACAAGGACCAUCUUCAUCAGAAGACCACAUGGCCGCCUCCUGCAAGCCAGACCAAGAGCGAUCAACCGCAGCCACCAAGUCCAACCAAUGAACUGCCUAAGAAGCCAACAUAAACCUCCCUCGGCUUGCUCGUGCUCCAAACUGCGACUGUCCGUAACAGCUGCUGCUGUGCCGGGAGAUGGGAAGGACACACUGUGGGUGCUUCAGCUUCCAGGCAAACCAGACUGAGGAACAAGCUUUCUAACACGAGACUAAUUCUUCCUAACUACCCAAGACUUUUUCAGCAACCUCCCCUGCGCGUCUACCUCUGAGUUAUCGUACAAGGCUAUUUGCUGACGGUUUUGCAGCUUUAUAGGAAAAAAUAUUCUCAAGAGGCUACAAGGGCCUGGAUUUCACUGGCAGCCUUUUAGAGCUUGUACUCUGGGUAGUAAGAGGAGCGUGAACAUACCCAAGGGACUUGGGGGUCUCCAACAGAUUCCUUUUGGUAUUUCACAUGAAAAACCAAAGUAUAUUUAGUGACUGUAAUCAAAGCAGCUUAAUCUGUAGCGUCCUAGCUGUCUUCGGAUAGGUAUUUCUCUUUUUAUUCUUUUUGUAUAGCUUAUCCCAGCUGCAAUGCUUGAAAUGGAAAGCACCGUCUCAGCUAGGUGGAGAAAGAGUGCAGAGAGAGCCGGCAGUACGCUACCGGUGACGAUGUAUUGCUGAACACCAAGCAAGAGAGGACGUAGUGAACAUAUUACAAUCAAGGCCCACAGUGUCACUUGGAAAUUAGAUACACAUGAUGCAAGAUAGCAUGUGGCUAGCA